CUCUCAUGGAAUUCUCAUUUCUCAUUACUAUAUAAUAUACAACUCUUCCAAAAGUCACUUUCUUCAUCCACCUUUCUUUCCAUAUUCACCAACUAACACAAAAAGGAAGGAAAAAAAAAACUUCCUCUACAAUGGAAACCAACAAGAACAUGAAGCAAACCACCCCCACAACCAUGGAAGCAGAAUUUGAAGACUUGCUCCCAAUUAUGGCAGAGAAGCUUGAUGUAGAAACCUUUGUAUCCGAACUAUGUGGUGGUUUCAAUCUUCUUGCAGACCAAGAAACAGGUUUGAUCACAAGUGAGAGUCUUAGGAAAAACUCAGCCAUGCUUGGCAUGGAAGGAAUGAGUAAAGAAGAUGCAGAAGCUAUGGUUAAACAAGGUGAUCUUGAUGGUGAUGGAAAGCUGAAUGAGACUGAAUUUUGCAUAUUGAUGGUAAGGCUUAGUCCUGGAAUGAUGGAAGAUGCUGAAACUUGGUUGGAGAAAGCAAUUGAGGAACAGCUAAGAAAUUAAAAUCUUCAUCUUAGAUUUUAUUUUACUUUUCUUAUGAUCUAUUCAAAGUUAAAUAUAUAUAUAUUAUUUGUCAGUUUAAGUUGUAAAAAUUUAUGUAAGAAAUUUGUCUUAAGGGUAUUUCUUUAUUAAGGAAAUGAAUUUCUUAUGGUACAAGAA